UCUGGCCGGGCCGCCAGUGUGCGCGGGCACCCCUCAGGCUCCUCGGAGACCACGUCGCCCUCCUCGGACCCUGGCAUUGAGGCUGACCUCACCAGCAGGACCACCAAACCCUUCCUGCCCGGCGGCCGGCAUGGAGAAGACCUGAGCUCACCUGGCUCCGACUCGGAUGUGGAGGGGGAGAUCGAGGCGGCCUUCGCUGGUGGGCGCCUGGUCAGCAACAUGAUCUCCUCCAUCUCAGAGACGGAGCUGGACCUGAGCAGCGACAGCAGCAGUGAGGACUCCUCCAUGCCUGCCAGCCAGACUGAUGUCUCCACCUCCAAUCCCCUGGACCUGAAGAUUGACCCAGACCACAGCCUGGAGAGCAUUCGACGCUCCUUCUACCUGCCUGUGGGGCCCAAGCUGAUGCCCGAGGCAGAUGAGGAUGACAACAGCGAGUACGACUCUGACUCAGAGUCGGAGCCCGACCUGAGUGAGGACUCAGACUCGCCGUGGCUGCUCAGCAACCUCGUCAACAAGAUGAUCUCUGAGGGCUCUUACCCCAUCAAGUGCCCAGAUGAGUGCUUCCAACAGACCCACUCGCUCUGUGACACCAUCUCCCCAGCCUCUGACCUGGAGCCUGAGAUCCUGAGCGAGACGCUGGACGGGGACCACAGCUCGCAGGCCUCCCCGGGGGACACAGCUGCGCUGCCCCGCUGCCAGCGUGCCAUCGACCUGGUGGACAUGGAGACGCUGCGCAGCGCCCUGCCGCAGCCGGUGCCAGAGCUGCCUGCUGACGACCCGGGCCCCUUCCUCUUCCUGAGCAACCCCACCAAUGACACCAUCGCACCUGUCUUCCCGGGGUGCCCUGUCACCCUUGACAGGUUGGGCUCCUCUGAGGUCCUGGCCACCUUUGGCUGCCGCAGCCCUCCAUGCACCUCGCCCAGCACCAGGGAGCAGCGCCCCGCUGCAGCAUCGCCGGCCACCAGCCCAGGGGACUGGGCCAUCGACAGGGACCUGGACUCAGGUGUGCUAGAGGCUGAUGACAUGAUUGACGACAUCCGCUCCUCCGAGGACUCGUCCCCUGAGGCCGACCUGCAGUUCUCCAAGAAGUUCCUCAAUGUCUUCGUCAACAGCACCUCCCGCUCCUCCAGCACAGAGUCCUUCGGGCUGUUCUCCUGCAUGGUGAAUGGAGAGGAGCGGGAGCAAACCCACCGGGCCGUCUUCAGGUUUAUCCCACGCCAUGAGGAUGAGCUGGAGCUGGAUGUGGAUGACCCCAUCCUGGUGGAGCUGGAGGAGGAUGACUACUGGUACCGGGGCUACAACAUGCGGACAGGGGAGAGGGGCAUCUUCCCAGCCUUCUAUGCCCAUGAGGUUGUUGGCCAAGCCAGGGAUGCCAUGGGCCUCAAGAGGAACCCGUGUUGGGUGGAGCGGUUUAAUGUGCAGUUCCUGGGCUCAGUAGAGGUGCCGUACCACCAGGGCAAUGGCAUCCUCUGUGCCGCCAUGCAGAAGAUUGCCACCACUAGGAAGCUGACGGUGAAUCUGCGC